ACUGAAAGCAGAAUUUUUAUUCAAUUUUUAAUUCCGGCCCGCAAAACAGCAAAUUUAUUUCGGCUGCUUUUAUUUUAGUUGCUUUGAUUUUUAUUUCACUGAGAAUCAAACUGGAACAAUUUUACAUUGAACGCAUCAGUUAACGUGUUUUAAUAUUUGUUGUGCUUGUGGUUCCAUUUGUUGUUUUUGUUGUGGCUGCGUGCGUAGAAUUUGUGAAAAGAGAAAGUUCUUCGUCGCUUCUUUCGCCUCCUCUCUUUCUACCGUACUUACAGUCGUGGCCAAGAAGUUGCGCCUGCGCAGCGACAAUUUCACAAGAAAUUGAGGUCGAUUGAGUGUGGGAGUCCCCUUGGAGCACCAUGGGCAUCAAGCAGACGAUGACCCCCGCGGGAAAGGCCAAUACCAACGACUCACCCAGCGGAUCACCCUCGAAACUGCAGUCCAAUGGCAGCCAGAUCCAGGGCAAGGGUAAAAACAAGGAGGUGAAUGUUCUGCCGCCCCAGAAAUCGGUUGUGGUUGCCUAUCUGUGCUGGCUUUUCGGCGGGAUUUUCGGACUGCAUCAUCUGUAUUUGCAUCGCGAUCGCCACGCCUUCAUUUGGUGGUGCACUCUGGGCGGCUACAUGGGCAUCGGAUGGAUGGGCGAGCUCUUCCUGAUCCCCGAAUAUGUGCGGGAUGCCAACGAGGAUCCGCGAUUCGUCAAGAUGUUCGUGGCCAAGCUGCAGGCGUAUCCGAAACCGACAUACUCCUCAAAGAGAUUCGUGGGCCAGGUGAUGGUCGGUCAUCUGUUCGGUCAGGUGUGCUCCAUGGCCAUUCCGGAGACGCUGGUCGGCGGCUUGGAUCUGAGCUUCCUGCACUGGGCCAUACCGCUCUUCGUUUCCCUGGGCGUUUGGCUGGUGGGCAACAUUGGUCGGGAGCAGGGCGUGUGGUGGCACUGCCUUUUGGCCGCCUAUUUGGCCUAUCCGGCCAGGUAUCUGAUAUACGACGAGACCUACUCCCUGCUGCUCACUGGACUCGUGUCGGCAUUGACCUUUGAUGGAUUGUCCAAGCAGUGGCGUAGGACACCACCGCGACGUGGAAGCGCCGGAGAGAGAACCUUCAAGCUGACCACCGCCGUUGUCAUCUAUUGCGCCUUCUGGGGCAGCUUCCUGUACUUCAAUGGCACCAUUUCGGACGAGGACGGCGGCGAAGUGCCCAUCCACGAGGCCAUCCAUAACUUCUUGGCCUCCGCCUGGUGGACAGAUCUGAAGCAGGCCCUGCAGGACACCUAUAACUAUGCACAGCACCAUGGCUGGUACGAGACCUGGAAGGAGGUGUUCGAGAGCAUGGACGUGGAUGGCGAACGGAACUCGUAUAAGGUGCUGGGCGUGAGUGCCACCGCCUCGCAGGCGGAGAUCACAGCUGCGUACAGAAAGCUCUCCAAGGAGUACCAUCCCGACAAGGUCAAGGACGAGGGCUUGCGGGCCCAGGCCCACCAGCGAUUCAUCGAGAUCCAACAGGCGUACAGUGUGCUUAGCAAGAUUAAGUCCAACCGGCGGCGCAAGAACAAGCAGUACCAGGAGGACGAGGCCAUCGUCCUUUAAGGACGGCUGUCCUCCAUCUAGACUAAAUCAGCGGGCAUUUCAAAGUCCAGCACUCGUAGCAUAAAUCGAAGAUUACAUUUAAUAUAAUUAAAAAUGCUUGUUUUGAGUUGUUCUACUAAAUAGGAUCAUUGACAAUAACAAUACCUUAAAAGCUGUUUCAGCACAUGUUGCAAAAUCUUAAUAUGUUAUUCCUCAUCCAAAAUAAUGAAUUAUGUUCUGUUUUACCAUGCGAAUGUAUCAUUAAAAGUAGAUCAUCGUUAUUCAAUUAUUAAGACUGCAUAUACUAUACAACGUUAUCAAAUGUUAAACCACCACUAAAUCACAUUAUAUAUCCAAAACAUCCAAAUAAAACCUAGUACUGGGUAUCACACAGUCGGUCAAUUCGA